UUGUAACUUUUCGAUAUUGAUUACAUAAUAACAAUUCAAAAAAUAUUCACCACCCCUAAAUUUAUCGAGAUAUUUUAUGAAUUUGUACUGUGAUUAAGUCACAAUUAUUUGGAUACCAAAUAUUUUUAUGGGUAAUAUAUUCUUAGAACUAAUCUAACUGUAACUGAAAUAACAUUACUGUCUUAAUAUGGCGGCUUACAGUGCAAUUAGGAUUUUCUCUUCAAAUUUGUCGAAAUCUAUUCGAAAUUAUAAGACUUUGAGUUCUCUAACUUUUUCAAAAAGAACAACUCCAAAAUGUUUCCACAAUUAUUUCAGAAGAUCAAAUCACCGUUAUUUUUUCACCUCAACAAUUCGCUUUGGUCAAGUUGUAUCUUUUAAUCUCUCAGAUAUUGGUGAAGGAAUAUCUGAAGUUACAGUUAAAGAAUGGUACAUUAAAGUAGGUGAUAAAGUUAAUCAAUUUGAUAGCAUAUGUGAAGUUCAGAGUGACAAAGCAUCUGUGACUAUUACAAGCCGCUUUGAUGGGUUCAUAAAGAAGCUUUACUAUGAAGUUGAUGAUACUGCAAAAGUUGGAUUGCCUCUUGUUGACAUCGAACUUUUUGAUGAAGAUAGUUCUAGUUCGGAUGAGCAAGUUGAUCAGGUGCAAGACCAAUUGGCUGCUCCUGCAGGUGGAGCUCAAUCAGAAUUCUUCAAGCUAGCAACUAAAGUUCUUACAACUCCUGCUGUGAGAAAAAUAGCAGCCGAGAAUAAUGUAAAGCUUAGUGAGGUUAUAGGAACUGGAAAAGAUGGUCGUAUUUUAAAGGAAGAUGUGUUUGCUUAUUUAGAGAAAAGAAAACAAAAAGAAGUAGAAGCUCUGCAAAUACCUUCUCCAGUGCCAACACAAUCUUCUAAACCUGCCAUACCUACUAUAGAAUCUCCAAAGAAGCCAACUAUUGAUGUUAUUAUCCCUGUUGGUAAAGAUAAAACAGAACCCAUCAAAGGCUACAAGAAAGCUAUGGUAAAAACUAUGACCAAAUCCCUCUCUAUACCAUGUUUCAGCUAUUGUGAUGAAAUUGAUCUUACCAAUUUAGUACAAAUGAGGGAGAAAUUUAAAAGCGUAGCUGAGGAAAAAGGAAUUAAAUUUUCAUACAUGCCUUUUUUUAUUAAAGCUGCUUCCUUAGCUUUGAUGGAAUACCCUAUUUUAAAUGCUUCUGUUGAUGAAAAAUGUGAAAACUUGUUUUAUAAGGCCUCUCACAAUAUUGGUAUUGCUAUGGACACACCACAAGGUCUUCUUGUGCCAAAUAUAAAAAAUGUUCAGAAUCUCAGUGUUCUACAGAUUGCUUCAGAAUUGAACAGGUUGCACGACUUGGGACGCAGAGGAAGUCUCAACCAAAAUGAUCUUAGUGGAGGGACAUUUUCUCUAUCAAACAUUGGAGCUAUUGGUGGUACCUAUGCAAAACCUGUUAUUCUUGCUCCUGAAGUUGCAAUUGGAGCUAUUGGCAAAAUACAGGCUCUUCCAAGAUUUGAUUCAAAUGAGUGUGUUGUGAAAAGGAACAUUAUGCAAGUGAGUUGGACUGCAGAUCAUCGUGUGAUAGAUGGUGCAACAAUUUGUAGGUUUUCAAACUUGUGGAAAUCUUAUUUAGAAGAUCCAGCGAUUAUGCUUUUGUAUUUAAGAUAAUGACAUUUCAUGUAUAAUACAAAUGCCAAUCACUUUGACAGUUUGAAGUGUCUUAUUACUCAAAAUAAUUUUUAAGUUUGUUUGUCUUCAUUGCAAUUAUUAUUUGUUAAGUGCAAUCUGGGUUUGCAAUGCUAUUAGUUAAAUUUACUUUUCUGUCAAUUUGUUUAAGAGCAGCUUUAUUGUAUUCGACUUUCAGCUUUUUUUUUUUUUUUUUAAUUAAAUAUACUAAUGUGAAAGAUAUGAAGUCAGAUAUGAAUUGGAGGUGUUUUCAUACUUGUUCAAAUGAUGUUGCCAUAUAUUUUUUAUUCAGAAAGUUCCUUGAUUCCAGGAAAAUCAAUUAUAAAGUUAGUUAAAAGAAUCCAAACUGUUUUGAUCUAUAAUUGUUCUUUAUUUUCUCAGUUAAAAGUUCUAAAAAAAUAAUGAAUCUAUUAGAACGUAUUGUUUAAUAUAUUUUUGUCGUAUUCUCCAUAAAUUAAAUGAAUUAAUGCACUUAAGUGUGUAAAAAAAUAUGCCAAAGAUUCAAUGAAGAAUUGUUCUUUGUAAACAGAUUAUUAAUAUAUUUGGAAGGAUUUUUUUAAUUUUCUUCUGCUUAUAGUAUGUAGCCUUUCCUGGAAUUUUUAAACUCAUAUAUGUUGUUUGUUAAUUUUCUUUGUUGAUUUUUGAUAACAUGAUUUUCGUAGCCUUAGUUUCUUGUGUAUAUAUAUAUAUAUAUAUAUAUAUAUAUAUAUAUAUAUAUAUAUAUAUAAUGUGAGAGAUGCUCAAAAAUUUUGAUACCUAUUAAUUAAAAAUUCAGUGCUACCAAUCAGUACAUUUCCUACCCAUCAAAUAUCUUUUUACAUAAGUUGGCUGUCAGAUUCUUAAUUAAAAAUUUAUAUGGUAAAUGAAGAACUAAUUAAAAAUUUGAUUUUAUUUCAUUUUCUAAAUUGAAUGAUAAUGUCUGAGUUGCCAAAAUGUUUUAUUCAAAUGCUGAAAUGUAAAAUUACGGGGUUGAGUGUAAUAUUGAGUCUUAUAUGCAUUCUAUCUUUAAUUAUUCCUAAAAUAUUAAUUUUUUUUUCUAAAAAUAUUAACUAAUUAAAAAAUGGAAUAAUUAUUUUUUGAAAAUCAUUUUUGUCUUAUUUCAUGACAUUCUAUUUAUGCUUUAAAUCAAAACUAAGAAGCUCUACAAUAUUUUUUUCCCUGUGGCUUAUUAAAAUUUUAUUAAAAGCAUAUAAAUUAAAAGUUAUUUUUUCAGUAAAAUAGUAUAAUAGGAAACAUUUUAUGACAAUUUUUUUUAUAAUGAUUUAUUUAUUCUUCAUGAAUAUGUUAAAAAUUGCGGUAGAAAUUUUUAUUUCCUAGUCAUCUGAAACUGGCAAAUUUUUGCAUUUCUUUUUGUUCUGCCAAAUCGAAGAAACAUGCUAUAAUAAAUAACGUUUUCAACUUAUGCAUUUAUUCUUCUUUAUUUCUAAGCACUGUAUUCAAAACUAAGGAUUUAAAUUUGUAUUAAAGUGUUUUA